CCACAAUUACUAAUUAACCAACUCAAAUCUUGGAGCUCAAGAAACAACAAUGUCGGAGAUGGCCGGAGAUUCUUCGACAUCAGAAGAGAAAACACAUAAACCGAACCGCGAGAGGAAUGUCUCUGGCGAACUUGACGUCUUCCAAGCCACUCGUUAUUUCUCUGAGUUCAACGAACCAACGACGAUCGAGCACUCAAGAAUCCAAAUUCAGAAACAAAUCAUUGUUACAGAAAAUCGACAGAAGAGAGUACACCCUGAGACAGAGGAGCAGCUUCCGAAACCUAGAGUCGUCGUCAUAAAGCCGCAGAAGAAAGAGAUGACACGUGGCGGCGGUAAGAAGCUAACAAGUUUCUUGAACUCUCUUCUUCGCUCAGCGGGUCUAAAGAAGUCAAAGUCAACGCUGGAGGUGGAGACUCCACGAGGAGAAAGGAUGAGGAGGAAGAGCUGCGUGGUGACCACACACGUUGAAGCGUCUUCUCCAAUUUCCUGUGCCGGCGCGUGGAGUUUAAACGCGCGUAGGAGAAGCUUUGAUGAGAAAGACGUGAAAGAUUUGAAGAAGAGUGAUCAGAAGCUGAACAUAAGGUUUUGUGAGAGUCUCUAUUCGGUCCAAAGGGUGGAGUGUAAAAAUCCAAGUGCAGGAGAUGAGAAUGAUGUAAAUGGUGGAUGCGAGAGUGAUUCAAGUUCUGAAUCUGAUCUUUUUGAGUUGGAUUUCAAGAAGUCAGCAGUAACAAUGGCCAGUUUCAAAUCCUCCUUCGCAGUCACAAUCUUGGUUAUGUUUCAUCCCGCAGCAAUCUCUUUUGUUGCUUCCAAUCGCUCAUUUCAGCUCGGCGAUCAAUGCUCGUCGGACGAAGACUGCAAUGUUGGACUUGGUUGUUUUAAAUGCGGUAUAGAUGUUGCAAGAUGCGUUAGAUCAAAUAUCACAGAUCAGUUCUCCGUUGUGAACAAUUCGAUGCCGUUCAAUAAAUAUGCAUUUUUGACGACCCACAAUUCUUAUGCCAUUGAAGGGAAACCGCUUCAUGUGGCGACCCAAGAAGAUACUAUAGUGCAACAACUCAAUAGUGGUGUUCGAGCAUUGAUGUUGGAUACCUACGAUUACGAAGGAGACGUAUGGUUGUGCCAUUCGUUCGAUGAACAAUGCUUUGAGUUCACCAAGUUUAAUCGGGCGAUAGACACAUUCAAGGAGAUAUUCGUGUUCUUGACAGCGAAUCCAUCAGAGAUCGUGACAUUAAUCUUGGAGGAUUACGUCAAAUCCCCAAACGGGUUAACCAAAGUAUUUACCGAUUCCGGUUUGAAGAAAUUUUGGUUUCCGGUUCAAAAUAUGCCUUUAGGUGGCCAAGAUUGGCCGUUGGUUAAGGAUAUGGUUGCCAAUAACCACCGGUUAAUCGUUUUCACUUCAGCUAAAUCUAAGCAAGAAACCGAAGGAAUAGCUUACCAGUGGAAUUACAUAGUGGAAAACCAAUAUGGGGACAAUGGAGUUAAACCAGAUGAAUGUAGCAAUAGAGCAGAGUCUGCACUGUUAACCGAUAAAACAAAAUCUUUGGUUUUGGUAAACCAUUUCAAGACAGUUCCGGUUAAGAUAUUGACUUGUGAGGAGAACUCUGAACAACUUCUCGAUAUGAUUAAGACAUGUUACGUAGCCGCAGGGAACCGAUGGGCCAAUUUUGUCGCCGUCAACUUUUACAAGAGGAGUGAUGGAGGAGGAACAUUUCAAGCGGUUGAUAAACUAAACGGAGAGCUUCUAUGUGGACGUGAUGAUGUGCAUGCUUUUCAACAGCAACAAGCGAUGCAGAAGAACACUUUAUACGUAGGAGGUUUAGCUGAUGAGGUUAACGAAUCGAUCCUUCACGCUGCGUUUAUACCUUUCGGCGAUAUCAAAGACGUGAAGACGCCGUUGGACCAAGCGAAUCAGAAGCACAGAUCCUUCGGAUUCGUCACUUUUCUUGAGAGAGAAGACGCUUCUGCUGCCAUGGAUAAUAUGGAUGGUGCUGAGCUUUAUGGUCGUGUUCUCACUGUUAAUUAUGCUCUCCCUGAGAAAAUCAAGGGUGGUGAACAGGGUUGGGCUGCUCAUCCACUUUGGGCAGAUGCAGAUACAUGGUUUGAGAGGCAGCAACAGGAAAAAGAGAUGCUGAAGAUGCAAGCUGAGAACAAGGCUGCCAUGGAGACUGCUGAGGAACUUCACAGGAAGAAAUUGGCGCAAGACCGACAAGGCGAGAUGGAGGAAGAUACAGAGACCAAAGAUGAUCCUAUGGCUAGAGCCGAGGCUGAUGCUCUAAGUCACGGCGAUGCCUAAUGAAAGUAAGCAUUACCGGUUUCUCUCAUGCACCUUGUCCUGUAGGCUGUAGGAUAACAAUUGUGUUUUCGCCCGAGUGUGUAACACUGUCACUAUCACCUCAUAGAGUUUUUGAGGUUAGAUCGUUUCUUGAAGUUGCUGAACAUGUUAUUGUUAUAGUUAAUAGACUUGGUAGUUUGGU